ACCUGCCACUGCAUGACGGGGAGACUGCGGAGAGGAGAGGCCUGUUAGGCACAAGCACUUAGCCUCAAAAGGCCCUCAAAGGAAACCAACAUGUGGUCAAAUGUUUGUACUGUGAUGGCUGGUAUCCCUGUCAAAUGCUGAACGUGUUCCAGUCGCUGCGUGUGUCUGCGUUGUGGUUCUACCUCCUGCUCCCCUCGGCGCAGUGUGACAACCUGCGUUGCUACUACAGCCCCGUCCGAGAGAAGGGGAGGAAGGUCGAGCUCAUUGUGACGGAGUGCCCUCCCGAUGAGCUGUGCUUCAAGGCGGACGGACGCUACGGCAAUCACAGCGCCCUGGCGGCUCGGGGCUGCAUGGCCAAGAAGGACUGCAGCCAGGUGCACAAACUCCGAUUCAGAGGGACCGUCUACACCAUGAGCUACGCGUGCUGCGACGGGCCGUACUGCAACUCCUGCCCGCUCGUCACCGCCGGCCUCCUCGCCAUCACGCUCACACUAAUAACUGUGGCUGUGAUGGCCGGCAACUUGUGACCACAGACUCCCGACGAGCCCCUGUUAGGAGCAUCUUUCAUUCAAUGUCAAGGUUGACGAUGUGUAAAUGUGUCGAACACAAGCGAUGUCUGCAGCCUCAGCAUGAGGUAAUGAUGAAGGCCUGCAGAAAGCGUGCGGUGGCGGUCCUGUCUGACCCCGAGGUGUGCACCUAGGUGAGGGCAGACGUCAACAAUUGUUUUAUAUUCUCAGUGACUUGUAUCUGUUUUUAUUUGUGGAAGUCUCUAA